AUGGUCUUGGGCCUCGCUCUGUACUUUCUCAUCCCGUGCUCUCUCUUCGCUGCGUACAUCAUCGAGCUCACCGCAGCUCAGCAAGCAAAAGCAUCACGCGCUCAGAUGGCCAAGAGAGAUGGCACGACUAGUCCCACAGAGGAUGAGUCCAAGAAGUUUCUUGCGACCUGGAAAAUUGUCGCCUACACGCAUACUGCAAACGUGACAUUCGCCCUCUUAGUGACUUCCUAUGUGGUCUACUUCCAUAUUCACCAUCCUCUGAUCGGAACAAUCACUGAGAUGCACGCCGUCAUUGUCUGGCUUAAGACGGCUUCCUAUGCCUGGACUAAUCGAGAUCUCCGUCAUGCCUACCUGCAUCCCACGACCGGCGAGCUGGAAGAACUGCCUACGAUCUAUGCAGCGUGCCCGUACCCGCAGAACAUCACCAUGAGCAACCUCGUCUACUUCUGGUGGGCACCCACGCUCGUCUAUCAGCCCGUGUAUCCGCGGACGGAUAAGAUACGGUGGGUAUUCGUGGUCAAGCGUCUCGCAGAGGUCGUGUGUCUCAGCGUCUUCAUGUGGGUGCUCAGCGCGCAAUAUGCCGCACCGACGCUCCUCAACUCGCUCGACAAGAUCGCCUCGCUGGACGUCACGUCCAUUCUCGAGCGGCUGCUGAAGCUCUCUACCAUCUCGCUGGUCAUCUGGCUAGCGGGUUUCUUCGCCCUGUUCCAAUCAUUCUUGAAUGCUCUUGCGGAGGUAACUCGGUUUGCGGAUCGAUCUUUCUACGAUGCUUGGUGGAAUAGUGACAGUCUGGGAACGUACUGGCGGACGUGGAACAAGCCAGUGUACACCUUUUUCAGACGCCAUGUAUUCUCUCCUCUUCUUGGUCGUGGCUGGAAUCCCACAGCCGCCAGUAUGGCUGUUUUCUUAGCCUCUGCCUUUCUCCACGAGCUGCUCGUCGGCAUUCCCACCCACAAUAUUAUCGGUGUCGCGUUUGCGGGCAUGUUGCUUCAGCUCCCUCUCAUUGCACUCACCCGGCCCCUAGAAAAAAUGCAGACACCGACGGGCCGCCUUCUCGGCAACUGCAUCUUCUGGGUGUCGUUCACCAUCUUUGGGCAGCCGUUCGCGGCGUUGAUGUAUUUCUAUGCGUGGCAGGCAAAGUACGGCAGUGUAAGCAAAAGGUGGUCUGCCAACCAGGCCUCCAAGUGA